CGCUUCUGUCUCUCGCCCCUACAUCUUCACCCAUCUUCCACCCUUCACCAUCUCUCCCCUAUCUCUGAUCACCCAUCACCUCACUACCUCCACCUUUCUAUCUCCCCCAUCACCGAUGGUGUGGUGUCUUUAGUAUGCUGACCAACAAAAGCGCCACCCGUCUGGCUCCUCUCCUUCUCCGGACUGGCCAGCGUGCUGCGUUCCAUCGAGCCGCGCGCUUCCCUAGACACACCCCUGCGAUCGCAAUCUUGGUGCCGAGAAGACGAAUCUCCACCGAGACUUCCACCACGCACGGCACCGAUGGACCACCACCCGGUUUCAACAUCGAGCAGGCCAAGAAACCGCUCUCCAAAGACGCCGCAGAGAAGCAAGCAUCAAAGAAGGAGGCGUCUUCAAAGUCAUCAUCAGAGCAAAAGUCACAACCGGAUGUGAACAUCCCCGUCGCCGAGCCAAGUGUUCAAGCGCCGACCAAAGCCUCCGAAUCCCGCUCUCUCUCCGAACUAGCGUCUGAAAAAGCCGCGACCGAGUCGCAGGAAAAGAAGGAGCUGGAGAAGAAAGAGGCAAAGAAGAAGCUCACGCUCUGGCAGAAGGUGAAGCAUGAACUCCAACACUACUGGGAUGGCACGAAGCUUCUCGCCACCGAAGUCCGCAUCUCAUCUCGCCUUGCGCUCAAGAUGUCUGCUGGCUACGAGUUGACGCGUAGGGAGCAUCGACAGCUUCAUCGCACCGUCCAGGAUCUCGGCCGUCUGGUUCCCUUUUCGGUGUUUCUGAUAGUGCCCUUCGCCGAACUGCUGCUGCCCGUCGCCCUCAAACUCUUCCCCAACUUACUCCCGAGCACGUACGAGGGUGCCAAGAGCAAGGAGGCCAAAGCCACCCGCCUGAGAAUGAAUCGCAAAGAAGUCAGCAACUUCCUGCGAAGUACGCUGCGGGAGUCUGGUAUUCCCAUCUCGGCUGCGAACGCGCAGAAGGAGGAGUUCACGGAGUUCUUCCGAAAGGUGCGAGCAACGGGAGAGUCCCCGACCAAGUCCGACGUGGUCAAGGUGUGCAAGCUGUUCAAGGAUGAUCUCACCCUGGACAACCUGUCCCGGCCUCAACUCGUCGGCAUUUGUACCUACAUGAACCUUUCCACCUUCGGCACCGACACCAUGCUCCGGUAUCAGGUCCGGCAUCGCAUGCGACAAAUCAAGCGCGACGACAAAGCCAUUGCCUUUGAAGGCGUCGACUCUCUCUCCGUCCCCGAACUGCAAACCGCCUGUGCCUCACGGGGCUUGCGAACCCACGGCAUGAGCCCGGGUAGACUCCGGGACGACCUUCAACUCUGGCUUGACUUGCGUCUCAAAUAUGGCGUGCCUAGCACGCUGCUCGUCCUCAGCAACGCCUUCAUGUACGCCCAGGGCAAGGAGACGGAAUUUGACAGCCAGAUCGAUGCGCUCCAAGCCGUCCUCUCCAGCAUCCCCGAGGAACUUUUCCACGAAAUCGAGCUGGAAGUGCACAACGCCGAGGGUGCGGCAACGAACAGACAGCGCUUGGAGGUGUUGCGCGAGCAGCAGGAGCUGAUUACGGAGGAGAGCGAGCAGAGCCAAAGCGGAUCGAGCGUGUCGGAUAUCGAAGACAUUGACGAGAAGGAGGAGGACCGGAGGCAAGAGGCUGCUCUGGCGAAGGAGUCUGCGCAGGAGCAGGGCGAUGCCGCCGUGGCCAUGGAGUCCGAGAACCAGGCUGCUACGGGCGAGGAUGAGGAUGCAAAGAUGAAGGUUGAGGAGCCGCGCGAGGCGGAGCGGGAGCAGGAUCUUUCCGAGCCGCCUAAGAAGGAGGGCGAGCGGUAAUGGAGUGGUUGACGUUGCGCUGUGCGCGGGAUCAAAUUGUCCAGGAUAGAGGAGUUUCUACGGGAAAUGCAGCACCGGGAUGGAGCCUUGGGGACAAUAGAUGCAUAUCAGGGAAGGAGGGCGUUUUCAUUUGUUGCGCCGCCCACCGCUACUCGCGGGAGUCAAGAAGGGGUAGGAAGCACCCCUCUGUAUCGCUACUCAGAUACCAACUCAUCAAACAAUUCAAUGACUGCAGAGAGUUGAGGAGCUUCUCAUUUUUAAACAGUGGAAUUAGCGUCCCUCGAUUCAACGGUAACGAUCAGGCUAACUAAACGGCCAGCCUUGCCUAAACUGGACUUACCGGAAGAGCGGUUUCAAUGCACACAAUCACCUGUUAGA